AUGGAUGCCGCUAAGAGGGCUGUCUUACACCACGCCUCUCCUGCACCAGCCUCCUCGACCACCUCCCCAUCCUCGGUAGCAGCACCUCCAUCAGCAGCCAUUGCAGCAGCACCAGCAGCGGCAGGUGCAGCAGCAGCAGCGGCACCAGCAGCGGCAAGUGCAGCGGCAACAACGGCCUCCACAGCAGCACCAGCAGCGGCACCAGCAGCGGCACCAGCAGCGGCACGAGCAGCGGCCCCAGCGGUUAUCCGCGCCUUCCACACCUCCCUCUCUGAGGACUCCCAUGAGGAGUUCCUUGACCUCCACCUUUCCGACCCCUCCCUCCUCCCCAUCACCUUUGACCUGUCUGGAACACCAGUCUUCGCCUUUUCCUCUGCUCCCUCCAUCUUCGUCCCAACCACGUACGAGGAGGCCAUGGCUUGCCCCGACGCCCCGCUCUGGCUUGCCGCCAUCAUCAAGGAGCUCGAGGCAUUUAUCGCCAACUCCUCCUUCGUUGAUGUCCCUCGCCCUCCCUCCUCUACGAACGUGGUAAAGGGGAAGUGGGUGUUUCGCGUCAAACAGCUACCAGGAGAACCGCCCGUCUACAAGGCCCGGUAUUGCGCCAAGGGCUUCACGCAGCGGUAUGGUUUUGACUUCUUCGACACCUUCUCCCCCACCGCCAAACCUGCUACCGUUCGCGCUGUACUCGACCUCGCCGCUCGCCUCAACAUGGAGAUCCACUCGAUGGAUGUCUCCAACGCCUUCCUGCAAGGCGUACUACGUGAACUCAUUUACAUGGAGCGCCCAGACGGCUUCCACCUCCCCUUCCCCGCCGACUCCGUCUGGCAGCUGCGCCGACCCGUGUACGGGCUCCGUCAGGCACCCAGGGAGUGGCAUGCCAAGCUUGCUGCCACCCUUGCUGAGCUUGGCUUUCGCACCUCCCGCUCUGACGCCAGCCUCUUCCUCCGCACCUCUCCCUCCCCCUUCUACAUCCUCGUCUAUGUUGACGACAUGAUCCUCCUCACCGCCGACCUUGCCGAGCUCGAGACUGUCAAGGCGGAGCUGGGCAGCCGUCUCAAGUGCAAAGACCUGGGAGAGCUGCAGAACUACCUCGGCAUGACCAUCACUCGCGACCGCUCCGCCCGCACCAUCUCACUCUCUCAGGGUCACUACCUCCAGCAGGUCUUGGACCGGUUUGACAUGGCGCGCGGCAACCCCCAGCCCACUCCCCUCUCGGUUGGGCACCACCUCUCCCCACCCUCCUCUCCCUCUCCCUCCUCCCAUCCUUAUCCGGAACUCAUCGGCUCUCUCAUGUACGCCAUGGUUUCCACUCGCCCCGAUCUUGCCUACCCCAUCAGCGUCCUCGCUCGGUUCGUUGGCGCUGGCAAGCACACGGAAGAGCACUGGCAGGCCGCCAAGCGUGUCCUUCGCUACAUUCGUGGCACCAAGGACUAUGUCCUCACUCUUGGCGGCCCUUCCCCACCACACCUCAACGGCUACAGCGACUCUUCCUGGGCUGAUUCUCGACCGGAUCGGCGGUCCUCUCAGGGCUAUGGCUUCUCCCUCGGCAGCGGUCUCAUCAGCUGGCGGUCCACACGCUCCUCUGCCGUCGCCCUCUCCUCCUGCGAAGCAGAGCUCUAUGCUGCGACCAUGGCCGCGCAAGAAGCACGCUGGCUCACCUUCCUCCUUGAUGAGCUCGGAGCCCCCCAACGCUGUCCCACCAUCUGGUGUGACAACGCCAGCACCAUCCACCUCACCAAGGACGCUGUGUAUCAUGGGCGCUCAAAACAUAUUGAGCUUCGCUACUUCUUCAUUCGCGAUCUCGUUGAGGCCGGCCACAUUCGUCUUGGCAAAAUCGACUCGGCAGCCAACCUCGCCGACAUCUUCACCAAAGCUCUUCCCCUAGCGUCCCACUCCUUCCUGUUGCGUCUCCUUGGGCUCACCCCGCCACCAGUUUUGGCGGCCUCCUGA